AUGGCAAGUGCUGCAGUUGCUGAAGAAGAACCAAGAACGGAAAAAAAACAGAUACCUAUGGAAUUAAAAGCCAAGAAAAUACCUUACGGCGAUGAAGUUAACCAUUGCAUGGAAGCAACAACAACAAAGGUACAACCACCGAGGCUUCCAGACGUUUUAAUGAAUUUGAAAACAAAAAAGCUUGAAGCGAGUAGGAAGAGAAAUAAGGAUAUAGUUAAGAGCGGGAUACCUAAAGUUGAGAAUCUUCAAAUAGAACCUGUCGAGUCUGCAUUAUCAAAAAUUGUAGGAAUGACCAAGCUUCCGGUGGCAUCCUUCGUUACUAGCUAA